CAGAGGAGAAUGGGUCAGCGGAGUAAAGACAUUGAGUGGAAAUCAUGAAGACAACCUCUAGUGUUUAAAUGUGUGAUCUCGGAGAGCUAAAAACAGGCAAUGAGAGCGUGUGUUAAGAUCAAAAAUUGACUCCAAAAAAGCCAUUUUAAAAAUCUACCUCCUAUUAUUCCUCAUGAUUUCUUUCCGGCACAUGCCACUCUCAACCUCUUUUCAAUCAUGAUCUCCCUUCUCUCAUAUCUCCUGUUUUUCCUUCCUCUGUUUGUUUCCACAUUCUUAAUUUUAUCCAUCUCUUUUAUUUUCUCUCCUCCUCGUUCUCUCUCUCUCUCUGCUCUCUCUCUCGGUUCUUCAAGACAGUGCCGCGCUGCUCUACAUCACAGUGUUUCCCGCUCUCUUCUCAUCUGCUCUGCUCCUCUUCUCUGUGCUCCUCUUCACUCAUUUGGACCGCAUGCUCUCUGUCAUCUCUCUGCUGUCUGCCGGGUCUGUGUGGCUGCCGUUGCCGGUGGAAGAGGACCUGGACAACCUGUGUGAUCUGAAGGUGUUUUCCCGACCCUGUGGAUCUGUGGGGAGGGGAGGGAGGGCGGGGAGGGGGUGCAGGUGAAGGGCUCCGUGGGGGAAACAGGUUGCGCGGCUUUGCGGCAGGGACCGAGGAGGGUCAUGCUUCAUGAGUUAAGAGGUUUUCGGACAGAGACCCCUCGUGCAUCGCCGGCCCAAUGUGGGGCCCUUUUCCGGAUGGCGGGAACGUCCGGCCGGGUGCGAUGAACCAGCUUGACGCUCCGCGGCCGCUCAACUGGACCAUCAGGAAACUGUGCCAUGCGGCUUUUCUUCCUUCCGUGCGCCUGCUAAAGGCACAGAAAUCAUGGAUAGAAAGAGCAUUCAGCAAGAGAGAAUGUGUGCACAUUAUUGUAAGCACCAAAGACCCCCAUAGGUGUUGUUGUGGCCGUCUAAUUGGUCAACAUGUCGGCCUGCCCCCCAGCAUCUCAUCCAAUCAGAAUGAGAAGUCAGAGCGUGUGCCAAAGAAUGACAGUUUGUCGGAGAAAUGGUCCAUCAGCAAGCACACACAGCUCAGUCCCACCGAUGCCUUCGGUACCAUUGAGUUCCAGGGGGGAGGACACAGCAACAAAGCAAUGUAUGUUCGAGUGUCUUAUGACACAAAGCCAGAUUUACUCCUGCAUCUGAUGACAAAAGAGUGGCAGCUGGAACUUCCAAAGCUGCUCAUUUCUGUUCAUGGAGGUCUCCAGAACUUUGAGCUGCAGCCCAAACUCAAGCAGGUAUUUGGCAAAGGUCUCAUCAAAGCUGCCAUGACCACCGGGGCCUGGAUCUUCACUGGAGGAGUUAACACUGGAGUCAUUAGGCAUGUCGGUGAUGCUCUUAAAGACCAUGCUUCCAAAUCCAGAGGAAAAAUCUGCACUAUCGGCAUUGCCCCCUGGGGCAUUGUGGAGAACCAGGAAGACCUGGUGGGCAAAGAUGUGGUCCGGCCAUAUCAGACGAUGUCUAACCCUCUGAGUAAGCUCACGGUGCUCAAUAGUCUACACUCGCACUUCAUUCUGGCUGAUAACGGCACCACCGGAAAAUAUGGAGCGGAGGUCAAACUACGAAGGCAGCUUGAGAAACACAUCUCCCUGCAGAAGAUCAACACACGGAUUGGACAGGGUGUUCCAGUGGUGGCUCUGAUAGUGGAGGGGGGUCCUAAUGUGAUCUCUAUUGUGCUGGAGUAUCUGAGAGAUACUCCUCCUGUUCCUGUGGUGGUGUGUGAUGGCAGUGGACGGGCUUCUGACAUACUGGCCUUUGGCCAUAAGUACUCAGAGGAGGGCGGAAUAAUAAACGAAUCUUUAAGAGACCAGUUGUUAGUCACCAUACAGAAGACGUUUACAUACAGCCGGACUCAGGCCCAGCAUCUCUUCAUCAUUCUGAUGGAGUGUAUGAAGAAGAAAGAACUGAUAACGGUAUUCCGGAUGGGAUCAGAAGGACACCAGGACAUUGAUCUGGCCAUUCUAACAGCUCUCCUGAAAGGUGCCAAUGCAUCAGCUCCUGAUCAGCUGAGUCUGGCUUUGGCCUGGAACAGAGUUGACAUCGCUCGCAGCCAGAUCUUCAUUUAUGGACAGCAAUGGCCUGUUGGUUCUCUAGAACAGUCUAUGCUGGAUGCUCUGGUGCUGGAUAGAGUGGACUUUGUGAAGUUGUUGAUAGAGAAUGGAGUGAGCAUGCAUCGCUUCCUGACGCUAUCCAGACUCGAGGAACUCUAUAAUACGAGGCAUGGGCCAUCCAACACCCUGUACCACCUUGUCAGAGAUGUGAAAAAGCAAGAAUAUCCAGGGUUCAGUUGGAUCUACCUCAAGGGUAACCUUCCGCCUGAUUACCGCAUCAGCCUGAUUGACAUCGGAUUAGUCAUCGAAUACCUCAUGGGCGGAGCCUAUCGCUGCAAUUAUACAAGGAAGAGAUUUCGGACGCUCUAUCACAACCUUUUUGGACCCAAGAGGCCAAAAGCCCUGAAGCUGCUUGGAAUGGAGGAUGACAUGCCCAUCAGACGAGGGCGUCAGAAAACCACACGGAAGAGGGAAGAGGAAGUAGACAUUGACCUGGAUGACCCGGAAAUCAAUCACUUCCCCUUCCCGUUCCAUGAGCUGAUGGUUUGGGCAGUGCUGAUGAAACGGCAGAAGAUGGCUUUGUUCUUCUGGCAGCAUGGAGAGGAGGCCAUGGCUAAAGCUCUGGUAGCCUGCAAGCUCUGCAAGGCCAUGGCUCAUGAAGCGUCUGAGAAUGACAUGGUGGAUGACAUUUCACAAGAGCUCAACCAGAAUUCAAGGGAGUUUGGUCAGCUGGCUGUUGAGCUGCUUGAUCAGUCUUAUAAGCAGGAUGAACAGAUGGCCAUGAAGCUGUUGACCUACGAGUUGAAGAACUGGAGUAAUGCCACCUGUCUGCAGCUGGCUGUGGCCGCGAAGCACAGGGACUUCAUCGCCCACACCUGCAGCCAGAUGCUCCUCACCGACAUGUGGAUGGGACGUCUGCGUAUGCGCAAGAACUCCGGCCUAAAGGUCAUCCUGGGUCUGCUUCUCCCCCCUUGGAUAUUGAGUCUCGAGUUUAAAAAUAAGGACGAAAUGUCCUAUAUGCCUCAGGAUCAGGAUACCUACCUGCAGGAAAAGGACGUGGAUGAAACCGACAAACAAGCUAAGGACAAAGACGAGGAAGACAUGGAGUUCACAGUAAGAUCUUACUGUGAGACGCAGUACAACUCCGUGGCUAUGUUGGGAAACGUCAGUGCGGAAGCAUCUCGUAAGAAACAGGUGGAAGAAGUUCAGCACCGUCAUCGGCUUAUCCCAGUGGGUCGCAAGAUAUACGAGUUUUACAAUGCUCCUAUUGUCAAGUUCUGGUUUCACACGUUGGCCUAUGUAGGAUACUUGAUGCUCUUCAAUUUUAUUGUGCUGGUGAAGAUGGACCUCUGGCCUUCUCCCCAGGAGUGGAUUGUUAUUGCCUACAUCUUCACCAAUGGAAUCGAGAAGAUGAGAGAGAUUCUCAUGUCGGAGCCAGGCAAGCUCCUACAGAAGGUGAAAGUGUGGUUACAGGAGUACUGGAACAUCACUGACCUCAUGGCCAUUCUCAUCUUCUCCAUCGGGAUGGUGCUCCGCCUGCAGGACCCGCCACUGAUGAGCUACGGGAGGGUCAUCUACUGUGUCAAUAUCAUUUAUUGGUACAUACGACUGCUUGACAUCUUUGGAGUGAACAAAUACCUGGGCCCAUACGUCAUGAUGAUUGGCAAGAUGAUGAUUGACAUGAUGUAUUUUGUGAUCAUCAUGUUGGUGGUGCUGAUGAGUUUCGGGGUGGCACGGCAAGCCAUCCUAAAUCCCAAUGAAGACCCGUCCUGGAUGCUGGCACGCAACAUCUUCUUCAUGCCCUAUUGGAUGAUUUAUGGAGAGGUGUUCGCUGACCAAAUUGACCAUGUGAAUAGUAGGAAGCUACAGCACAAAGUGAAUGACAAACUCUGGCUGGUCGAAAAUUACAUUCGCACUCAAGGAACUGGGCGUAACAGUGGUCCAUCCCAUAUAGCUCCGUGUGGUCAGAACAUCACCACAGAAGAUGGAGUCAUUAUGCCCCUCCCACCCUGCAAGACUGGAGCUUGGAUCGUCCCAGCAAUCAUGGCCUGCUACCUGCUGGUGGCCAACAUCCUGUUGGUUAAUUUGCUAAUUGCUGUCUUCAACAACACGUUCUUCGAAGUGAAGUCCAUCUCCAACCAGGUAUGGAAGUUCCAGAGGUACCAGCUGAUCAUGACCUUCCAUGAACGUCCUGUUCUUCCUCCUCCACUCAUCAUCUUCAGUCACAUAACUAUGGUCCUCAAACAUCUCUGCUGUCGCUGGAGGAAGCACGAUGAGGAUGAGAGGGACUUUGGGUUGAAGCUCUUCAUCACUGAAGAUGAGCUGAAAAAGGUGCAUGACUUUGAGGAGCAGUGCGUGGAGGAAUAUUUCAGGGAGAAAGAUGACCGCUUCAAUUCCUCCAAUGACGAAAGGAUACGCGUGACAUCUGAAAGGGUGGAGAACAUGGCAAUGCGACUGGAGGAAGUGAAUGAGCGGGAACAUUUCAUGAAAGCAUCCCUGCAGACUGUGGACAUCAGGCUUGCCCAGAUGGAGGAGAUGAUUGGUCGGAUCGCUGUAGCACUGGAGCGGGUGACCGGGAUUGAUCGAGGCGAAGUCAACAAAGCACGCUCCAGGACAUCAUCUGACUGCACAGAUACAAACUACAUUCUCCGCCAAAGCAGUUUCAACAGCCAAGAAGGUAACUCUUAUAGGCUUCAGGAGUCUCUGGAGCAGGGUGGAGAAGAGUCGAUUUCUCCUACGUCGCCAACCGCCUUGGCCCCACGCGUCCGCAGUCACUCCUUCUAUGUGAGCCACUCCUCCAAGGACAGGUGUGGGGCAGAUCGGGCAGAAGGUUUCAUUAAAGAUAGAUUGUUCAACCUCCAUCGGGCCAACAGUUCACAGUCUGUAUCCUCUGGAGCAGGGCACAAAGAGUCCAAGCCCACACCUUUGAAUACUUUAUCAGUGCAGCAACAACUCCGCCCCUCUUCAUGCAUAGACAUCUAUGUGUCCGCUUCAGAGGACGUUCCACCCACCGAAAGCUUCCUGGAGCACGUCAGAGCAGUUCCAACACUCGCUCAAGAUUCCUCCCUUCAUUCGGAGAUCAUGGAUGCUGUGCUCUCAGGCGGACGGGACUGCAGUGUAAGGGCAGUGGUAAGUGAAAGACAGUCAGACGGUACAGUCCUUUUUGAGGACAGUGCUGCCGCUGACCUGCGAGAAACCCUUCCCCCCUGGGACCUGGACCCCUCGCCGCCACCGUCAGCUGGUGUUCUAGAGCGCUCCAAGAGCAGCCGCUUCCUGUCUGCAGAGGGACCUCUGUUCCUGGACGAGCCCCUUUUGGUUAAGUCACACAGCCUGAUGUUCACACAACGGGGCUACUACGGCGGCAUGGGUGUGCAAGUUAAGGCAGCAGAGUAUACCAGCAUUACAGAUUGCAUUGACACUCGUUGUGUCUCUACCCAGUACCCUGUCCCAGAGCGAUCCGACUCACCUGGAGGCUCCUUCACGUUCGAUAAGCCCCAGGACCUGGGUGUGUCGCACCCUGAGCGUGAUGCCGAGCUCAGUCACGCAGAGUCUGAUGCCGAGGAGCAUGCAGAGGGGUCAGCAGACACAGGUAAGGGGGGGCAGAGUAGCACUAGUGGGGGAAUAGGUGCAGACCUGGGACUAGGCUUGGCACUGGGUCCGUUCUGCUCACCAAUCUCUAGACUAGAGCGAGCGAACAGCUGCUCCUCCUCAGAGGAGUCCCACUCCAACAUUUACUCCCGAAAGAGUUUCUCCAUAAGUGAGAAAAUGGACAAGGGUCGUGGAAGCUCUAGGAAUCCUUUCCAGAAGGCCAGGGCUGGGGCAAGGCUGGAGGGUAAGACAGACUCGUUGUCCAUGAGGAAACUUGCCAAACCCUCAGCGUUCCGAAGUUUUGAUAGUAGACAUAAUUACACGUGAUGAUGGCAGACAAGUAGAAAUGGCAUUGUAGAUCUAGAUUCUGUAGGAUGGCUCUACCUCGUUUAAAAUCCAAGGGCCGAUCCAAUAAUUAGUACUGUCUGAGCGGGUAAUUAGCUGUACACUGGAAUGUCUUAUCAAUCAACUUCCUGUUUAUUUCCUAGUAUAACAUUGCAAUGCAAAUUCACACAUUUUUAGAGCUCAUCAAUUCAGAACUUGACAAACACUGCUAUUAGGCCAACAUUAGUUUCCAGUUCGUUCUUACUGCUUCAGCUUUCACAUCACAAAAUGAAUUUUUACUUAAUCACAUUUACCUCAUACAGGCAUGGUAGGAGCAAAGGUUUAAUUCUAAAUCAAGUAAAAAUUUACUGAAACUUGAAAGUUCAGGAGUGCAACAGUUUCUAUACAAUGUAAUGCUCAAAUUUGUUGUGUAUACAUAAAGAACUUUAAAACUGAUGUUCUGUCAUUUUAAACACACACAUUUGUUGAACAUACACAUAUAUUGCCCAGAAUGUUGAAAGUAGAGUGUUUAGAAGAACAGAUAAACUUCAUUGAAAUUUUGAAAUACUUUGGGCUUUUAGACCCUUGUAGGGUGUUUUUGCGUACAGUCGUGGCCAAAAGUAUUGGCAGUGACAUAAGUUUCCAAAGUUUGCUGCUUCUGUAUUUGUAGAUUAUUUUGCCACAUGUUUCUAUGGUAUACUGGAUAUCUUAAAUUAGCAUAUCUUAAGUUUUAAAGGCGUUUAUUAGCAAAAACAUAAUAUAUGCAAAGAGUCAAUGUUUACAGUGUUGGGCCUUGUUUUUCAUAACCUGUGCAGUUCACUCUGGCAUGCUGGAUAUUAGCUUCGGCCAAAUCCUGACAGAUGGCGAACGUUUCUUGCCUUAUUAGUGCUCUGAGUUGAUCACAAUUUGUGGGCUUCUGCUUAUCCAUUUGCUUUUUGAGGAUUGACCACAGGUUCUUCAUAUGGGAUUGACAUCUGGGGAGUUGCUUUUUUUGCAAUUAUUUAAAAUGCGUCUGAUCACUUCUUAAGUAGAAACUUUGCAAAACACAACAUUUACAUGUAUGUCACUGCCAAUUUUGGUCACGACUGUACUACUGGUCUACUGUAGUCAGUAAACACAUUCUGGCAGUUUGAGCUUUUUAACUAGGAAGCAUGAGUUCUAAAUAUUUUGCAUAAUUUCCCCUCACGAUAAAACAUAAGUACAACACAUUUUUUUAAAGCCUAAGAGUUCAUGUUUUGUCUUUUGUUGUCUGCAUUUUCUCUCAUUUUUCACAAGAGAGCACCAAUUUCAGCUCAUUUCAACCAUAAGUCAAACCAUUAUACUCAAGGCAUGUUGGAAUGGAAUACUAGCACACUACAUACUGCAGUACAUUCUGUAUACUGAAUACUAUUUAAAAAAAAUAGUAUAUGAACACAUUUCAAACAAUAGCAUGCUGUUGUCUCAUGACCUGACUAUAUUGCAUGUUUAAUUCUGGUGUAGUUAUACAUCAGAGCUGUAAUUAUUUUGAAUCAUUAAUCUAAUUUUGUGUAAAAAAGUCAACUUUUGUCAUUCUGAUCAGAUAAUGAGUGAACAAGGGGAUGUUAAAAUUAUUAAUGCAUUUUAAAUGGAAGGCAAAGUGCAGCUCUGUGGCAAAGGUUAUAUACUGCACAUUUUGGCGAAUAUAGUCAUUUGUAUGUUACACAGUAUAUAAUCUGAAUACUGGAAAAAUAGUAUUAGUAUGGUAGUAUGCCAUUCCAAACACACCUUUCAGAAUCGUACUCGAACUGCAAGUGCUAAACUGAGGAGAGAACUUUAUUUAAAGCAAAGGGAAAAACAUUUUAUUUGUGUAUCUUUUCACAGAACAGGUACUAUAUGUUGACUUGCUAUGCAAGACACCACAGAGAGUCGACCGGUAAAAAGUGUUAUGCACUUUAGAGCAGGAGUUUAUUAUGCACAACAAUCUGAUCACAAAUCAACCUUGAUAUUGCCGUUUUGGGACAGGUAAAAUAUUAAAAGCAACUGAGCACAGUUGAGACAGGGCCCAAUAAACACCCAUUGUAUGCGAUGCCUAUGAUAUCAAAGUGUAAUCACAUUUUCUGUUACUAGUAAAUAAUAUUUUAUUUUUGUUAACUGCCUUUGAAAUUUUCUUUUCCACAUACGGUUAAUUAAUUUAUAUGUUACAUACAGUAUAUACUGUAGUAUUUCAACUGUUGUUUAUGAUCAAAAUAUUAUAUUGAAUUGAUUUAUUAUGGUGGGCAUUCAGGAUAAUCAGGAGAUCUGGCCCUUUUAGCGAUAUAUUUAGAGACAUCUUUAAUUAAUUUAACUGCAGCAAAUCACUGACUACUUCCUCUCCAUUUAUGUGCAGCCCUUUUAAUGUAUGACAUUUUAAAGCAAUACAGUAAUGUGCACAAAUCUAGUAUAAUCAGUCCACAAAAAACUUUGAAGCAUGUAUGAAAGGAUAUUUUUAUUUGCCUUACUCAUGUGCAAUACUGCAGAGAGAUGUGAAAACGUGUUGCGCUGUCACAGUGUUCCGAAUGGUAUGUAGACUCUGUGUUAGCUUGAGUGUGAACCAAAAAAAAGUAUUAAAAUAAAUAUUUUUUCUUGUGCAUAGCAGUAAUUCCAAUCACUGUGGUUUUCAAUUGUCUGAUGAUCAAUAUUCGCACAGAAUUUGUUGUUAAUCCAAUUUACUUUAUGUUAUGCCAAACAUUAUUUAUUUGGGCCUGCUCACUUAUAAUUCUACAUGGUGGUAUUAUACUGCAAAGAGCCUUAAAAUGGAGGUAAAAAGUGAACAGUACAGGCCCUUGAAACCCAUUCUUAUGCUGUUAUAUUUUGAACGAUGUGAUUAAUCUUGUUGGACUGGUUCCAGCAAAAGCAGACAGAAAAUAUGAUUGCUCUUGGGAAUUAUUACAUGCAAGUUUAUCUCACUAUCCAGUUUCACUUUCUUGUUAAAGAGUUUUUUGUUGGGGUUAUGAGAGUAUUUAUGAAACCUGUUUUUCCACAUGUAAAUGAUCUGUAUAUGAUCUGUAAAUCUCUCUGUGGCUGUAAAAAUGAGUUUAAUAUAAUAGGAUUUUAAGAGAAACUUUCUGUCUGACAGAGGACAUUACACUAUAACAACCUACCCAGUGUGCCAAAUGAUAUGACUUAUAACUUUAUGUACAGUAUUUUCUUAAUAUUUUCCUAUACUGUAGCAUAAAAGGUUGUGAAUUGUAUAACCCUUUUAGUCAGGGUUUCCAACUCUUCUUUUUAAACUUAUUGGUGAGCACUUGUCUGCUGAAGUCCAAGCACAUGUUUCUGCAAUAAUGCUGUAGCUUGAACUGAAAAGUCUUAGUUAAUUUAGUGUCUAUAAAAUGCAUGUUGUUCUUCCAAAGGAUAGGAGCUUGAAGGAAUUACGAGAGAUCAGUGAGUGGGGAUGAGAGGGGUAUUUUGUCCUCUACAGAAGAAGGUUACGUAUUUGGAUGCAAAUACAAAUGUGUAUACUGUAUUCCUGUGAAUAGGAUGUCUGGCAUGUAUAAUCAAAUAAAAGACUGCAUAUAUACAUCAUUGCGGUUCAUUUUGCAUUU